GCCACAAUCCACACUGCACUUCCUCAUUUGUUUCUCUCAUUCAUUCAUUCAUCUUUCUUUUAUUUUCCAACCAUGGGAGUGGUUUUUUCAAAGACAAAAACCAUGGGAGAACUAAAACAAAACCAUGUCAACAACAACAACAACGUUGUUGAUCAUGAUGAUGAUGAUUCCACAUGGUACGAGGAAGUUAUUGAUGAAGAUCUCAAAUGGUCUUUUAAACUCAACAGUGUGCUGCAUAAAGCUAUUAGUGAAUACCAGGACAUUGCUCUGAUAGAUACAAAGCGUUUUGGAAAGGCUUUGAUGCUUGAUGGGAAGAUGCAGAGUUCUGAAGCUGAUGAAUUUAUUUAUCAUGAAUGCUUGAUUCAUCCUCCUCUUUUAUGUCAUCCCAACCCCAAAAUAGUGUAUAUUAUGGGAGGUGGUGAAGGUUCUUCAGCUAGGGAAGCUCUGAAACACAAGUCAAUGGAGAAAGUGGUUAUGUGUGAUAUUGACAAGGAAGUGGUAGAUUUCUGUAAAAAAUACCUUGUUGCAAAUAGGGAGGCAUUUGCUGACAAUAAGCUUGAUCUUGUCAUCAAUUGUGCCAAAGCUGAGUUGGAGAAGAGAAAUGAAAAGUAUGAUGUAAUUGUUGGAGAUUUGGCUGACCCACUUGAAGAUGGGCCUUGCUAUCAACUCUAUACUAAGGACUUUUAUGAGAAUGUGGUGAAGCCCAAACUCAAUAAAAAUGGAAUUUUUGUGACUCAGGCUGGACCAGCAGGUAUCUUCUCACACAAAGAGGUCUUCACCUCUAUUCAUAACACCAUAAAACAGGUCUUCAAAUAUGUGGUGGCAUAUUCAACUCAUGUACCAUCAUUUGCUGAUUCAUGGGGAUGGGUUAUGGCUUCAGACCAACCAAUAUUGAUUGAUGCUGUGGAAAUGGACAAAAGAAUUGAAACAAGAAUCAAUGGAAAAUUGCUCUAUUUAGAUGGUGUUUGGUUCCAUUCAUCUACCAUCAUGAAUAAGACCGUCUCCAAAUCGCUGCAGAAUGAAACUCAUGUGUACACUGAAGAUAAUGCUAGAUUUAUUCCUGGACAUGGCAUAGCUGUUCGUAACUAAAAGAAAUGAAAUCACUCUUGCAUGCUCUCACCUCAAAAGUGUUGCACAACAUCAUAGUACAGAUUUGACUCUAAAGUUUAAUCUGUAGGAUGAUUCAGUUUAUGUAAUACAUGCAUGUUUUCUUUAAUUUGCAUAUGGUGUCAGAGUGUGUGUAUAUGAAUUUUCUGUACAGUUCAGACUCAAUAAAGCAUGACUACAUAGUUAGAUUGCUAUAUCAAGUAAUUAAUAAAAUAGUUCCCAAUUGUUUCAUCAA